GUUGGGGAGAAGUAUUGUUCGGGAAAAAUCACCCAAUGAACCAAGAAAGUGGAGCAGGUUAUGGGACAUCAAGGAUUUCCAAAACGUCAUGAUAAAAAAUGAGGAAGCCGAAGAUCUUGAAGCCAUAAUUAUUGACCAAUUUCAUGAAGUGCAUUUGGAAACAACAAUACCAGUGAAUGCUAUAUCAAAAAUGAAGCAUCUCAAGUUGCUCAUACUUGACGAUGUUAAUUCUAAGGGAAGUCUAAACUAUCUUUCUAAUGAAUUAAGAUAUCUAUCUUGGGAAAGAUAUCCUUCAACUUGUUUGCCAUCAAAUUUUCAUCCGGAUAAUCUAAUAGAAUUGAUCUUGCAUCAUAGCAAUCUCAAACAAUUAUGGAAAGGCACAAAGCAUCUGCCUAAUUUGAUACAUCUAGAUCUUAGCUACUCCAAAAAUCUUAUUGAGAUGCCAGACUUAACGGGAGUUCCUCGUCUUAGGAGUCUUUUUCUUAUAAAAUGCAUAAAUAUUACGCGAAUCCACCCAUCCAUCGGUAUUUUAAGAGAACUUGCUUAUCUAGUUUUGGAAGAUUGUAAAAAUCUUUUCCACAAUUUGAAUAUCAUUUUUGGACUCAAAUCUCUUGAGAUGCUAAAUCUCUCAGGCUGCUCAAAAUUACUCAAUAAGCGUCUGAUAAAGAAACCAAAGGAGGCAGAACAUUUGGAGAACGUUGAUAAAAAUACAAGUGUUAUCCAAUUAUCAACAUCCUCUUCUGUAUAUGCUAUUGGGAGCUUACUGUCUUUAAAAACCUUAAAAUUGGGGGGGAACAAAUUCGUGAGACUACCUACUACCAUCAAGGAGCUUUCCAAUCUUCAUCAUUUAAAUUUGCAGCACUGCAAGCAGCUGAAAUAUUUGCCUGAGCUUCCAACAACCAAAAAAAAUAAAUCUGGCGCAUAUUAUGGGGAUUUAUAUAUUUUUAAUUGCCCCAAUUUGAGUGAAAUGGAACAUUGUUAUCAUAUGGUUUUUUCUUGGAUGAUACAAAUAUUUAAGGCUUUCUUGCAAUCCUCCCUUUCCUUGGACCAGCUUAAGAUUGUUAUUCCUGGAACUCAAAUUCCAAGGUGGUUCAGUGAACAAAAUGUGGGUAGGUCAAUAAGCAUGGACCUGUCUCCUGUUAAGGAAGACCCAAAUUGGAUGGGUGUCGCCUGUUGUUCUUUGUUUGUGGCACAUGAUGAUCCUACUAAUUUGAAUAAUAAUUUUGGAAGUAUUGGAUACAAUUUUAAAAAUAUGCAAGUUUUGCAUAAUUCAUAUCGGAUGCUUCCAAUAUUUUUAAACAAUGAUCUGGUCACGGAUGAAAUAGAUCACUUGUUCAUGGUUUUUUUCCCUCGGGAAAUAAUCAGUCUUUAUCGAAAUGUAUAUGAAGACAAAAUGGGAUUCACAACUGGCACGUUUGAACAUCCUAAAGGUUUGCAUUUGGAGGUGAAAAAUUGUGGAUAUCGUUUGGUAUUUAAGGAGGAUCUUCAACAAUUAAACUUAAACAUGAUGUUCAGCGAAAAUUCCUCAUCUAAGAAGUGCAAGCUUUUAUCAAGUGAUUCGCCAUACAUCAUUCAUUGAGCUUAUUCACGGAAAGAGUAGAGAUUUCUUUUCAACCACAAUUACAUCAAAUAAAUUCUUACCCAUUGUAGGUA